AUGAGCACACUUGGUAUUGCCACGGAUGUGUGUUUACAAAGUUUAGCUCAGCUACAACACCAGAAUGGCAAAGAAUUGGAUUCCCUGUGCACACAAGUGGCUGACUCCAGGGAUCCCGAAGGAGAAAUCAACACAGAUAAAAAGUUGAAUGAAUUAAAAUCAAAACAAGACGAUGUAACACAAGGCCUAUCAUUACUCCAGUUUAUUAAGAGUUUUCCAUGUAUCUUGCUGAGGACUUUGAGGAGCACAGUUUACCUCCUCGUUGUAUUCGCUCAGGUCUGUAUGUCGGCUCUGAUGUCCGGAUUAACUGUCUUCAUUGGCAAGUUUCUGGAACAACAGUUCACUGUGACGGCCUCGUUUGCAAAUUUACUGAUUGGAAGCAUCCAUGUUCCUGGAGCAGUUCUUGGCAUCAUACUAGGUGGGGCCAUCAUGAGGAGGUUCCAAAUCAAUUUGAGGGGCUCAGCCAUCAUGUGCUUUGCUGCCAUCUUUGCCUCCAUUUGUGCAACUACACCGCUCCUGUUCCUCGGCUGUUCAACGCAAGUAGUUGCUGGAAUAAAUGACAACCUCCAUACCUCGAACAGCACAUCAGGCUUGGAACUGAGCUGCAAUCGAGGAUGCUCCUGCAAGGAUCAGGCCUACAAUCCAGUUUGUACGACAGAUGGCAUUGAAUUUGUCUCUCCGUGCCAUGCGGGCUGCAUGUCUGCCUCCUUCGAAACUGAUGGAAAAGUUGUGUUACUGAGGUCAGUGAAGCCUGAAGAUAAAUCUUUGGCGAUUGGGAUUCAGUUCAUGUUGUUCCGUGUUCUGGCCUGGUUGCCAGGGCCGAUCCUGUACGGAAGUGCAAUUGACACCACCUGUAUCCGAUGGGAAAAGAAAUGCAACAAAAAGGCUUCCUGCAGAUACUAUAACCUCGAUCUCUUCCGGGUCAGAUAUAUUGGCCUGCAGAUGCUGUUUCAGUGCGGUGCCUUUCUACUCUUUGUGAUGGCCUAUUACUUCCUAAAGAAAGAGACUUUGAGAAGGGAGCAACAAGCCAAAAUGGGAACUAAGGCUGCACUAGACCCUAGAGUUGAGGAAGAGAGAAAAAAACUGAUGGAACAAGAUGGUGGAACCAAAUUACAGCUCAAAUCAAAAGCGGGAAGUGGUGAGGGCGGAAUCUAUUUCUAACUCAAAUCUGACCUCGACACAGGACACAGGGAGAGACAAUGCCUGGCCUCUGAUGGUAGUCUUUGAGACGCAUCAUUUUUUUAAUUGGUUUUCAUUCAUGUGUUCACUGCUUUUUCUCCAGGAAGCCUCCUGGACUUUCUUGGAUUUUUCUUUCCCUCAGUCACCCACUGUUGAUCCGAUGGUUGGAACCGUCAGUGAAAGAAGCAUUUAUUUUACUAUUAUAUGUUGUGAGGGUCAAUCUCUUCAUACUGUCAGACUCCCAGGAGUUGGGGCGUCCUCUUAUUCCUAGGUCCAGUUGGCUGAAGUUUUUGUCUGCUUGAUCAUCCUGUGCCCCUAUUGCAAACCCUCCUUUGGCCUCAGAGUGGAUUCUACGUGAAACAGGGACACUCAAUAUGCGGGAGAUGACAAUUUCACUGAGCUAGUGGUGCAGAGACCCAGACUAAUGCAGUGAGGAAAUGAUUCGAAUCCCACUAUGGCAGCUAGUGAAAUUGAAAUUUGACGAAUAAAAUCUGGGAUUGAGAGCCAGUCUCAGCAAGUGACCGAGACACUAUCCAUUGAUUGAUGUAAAAAACCCAUUUGGGUCACUAAUGUCCUUCAAGGGAAAGCAAUCUGCUGUUCUUACCUGGACUGGCCUAUACGUGACUCUAGGCCCACGGCAAUGGGAUUAACACAUAACUGCCCUCUGAAAUGGCCAAGCAAGUACAUCGGUUCAAGGCGGCAGCUCACCUCCAGCUUGCGAGGGCAACAAAUGCUGGCAUAGGUGAAAGACUCCCUGCGUCUGUGAAUUACUUCAAUGGCAUUAGUUGCCUUUAGAUGACACGUUUGCCUUAAAUGGAAGGGCUAUAGCACAACACUGAACAGAACAAUAAGUCAUAAUCCCCAAGAGUAUUAUAGGGACACUCCAUAUUUCUAAGCUGAAUCAUAUCCACCUGCUAAUGAUCUACCUUUCUGUGACAUGUAUCUGAUUAAGUAGGGCCCUGGGUAGUGUUGUAGAACAGAGAGACCUGGGAGUUCAGAUACGUAAUUCGUUGAAAUUUGGUAGACAAGGUGCUUAAGAAGAUGUUUAGCAUGCUUCCCUUCAUUGCUCUGUCCUUUGAGUACAGGAGUUGGGACAUCAUGUUGAGGUUGUACAGGACAUUGGUGAGACCACUCUGGAAUACUGUGUGCAGUUCUGGUCGCCCUGCUACAGGAAAGAUAUUGUUAAAUUGGAGAGGGUUCAGAAAAGAUUUACCAGGAUAUUGCUGGGUAUUGAAGAUUUGAGUUAUAAAAAUAGGCUGGAUAGGCUUGGACUUUUUCCACUGGAGCGUAGGAUGUUGAGGGGUGAUCUUAUAGAGGUUUCUAAAAUCAUGAGGGGCAUAGAUAAGGUGAAUAGCAAAGGUCUUUUCCCUAGGGUCAGGGAGUUCAAAAUAAAGGGGCAUAUUUUUAAAGUGAGAGGAGAAAGAUUUAACAAGGACAUGAGUAGCAACAUUUUGUUGCACAGAGAGUGGUUCAUGUGUGGAAUGAACUGCCAAGUACAUGAAUCAGAAAGGUUUAGAGGGAUAUGGGCCAAAUGCAGGCAAGUGGGACUGGUUUAGUUUAGGAACAUGGUUGGCAUGGACUGGUUGGACCAAAGGGUCUGUUUCCGUGCUGUACGACCCAACGAUUCUAUGUAUCUCUACUUUUGCAAAAGUUACUCAAAAGUUGCGUUUAGUUCUUCCACGUUGGAGUGAGUUAAUUAAACUGUUCUAGGAGGCCAUGAACUAAUGGAAUGAUGGAACAUGCUGAAGGGGCUGAAUUGCUUUGCCCUCCUGCUCCUUGGCUGAGGAAUCUAUAAUUCUAGUCUCAUCUGCUUUCAGUUUCUUUCAGCUUUCCAUUACUCAUGGUUAAUUCAGCCUGGCUAACUGUAUUGACCAAUGUGGAAUUGACUGUAAACUGUUUGACCUUAUGCAUUGCAGGGAUGCCCAGUGAUCAGUAGAAAAGGCACAGUGUGAAACUGUGCCCAUUUUGUCCAUUUUAUCCUUCUUGUGCUAUUGCAUUCUUGAGAAUAAUAUGGAUGAAGCAAGGUAUAAAUCCAUCUUGAGAAGUAACCAUUUAAUUCUGCCUUUCAAAUGAAACCAAUGAUGAGAAAUUUUGGUGGAGCCCAAAUAUGGGUUCACCGAUUCACUUUUGCUCAUUGUCUCACCGCACACAAUACAAAGUGAUUCGUGCUUUGUCUCUCCAUAAUUCUGUCCCAUUUCUUUGCUCCUGAGUCUUGGAUGGGGCACGGGUACAGCUCCACAAGUGUCCAACCACUCACCAGUCCGUCCCCUACAAGUUGUUUCUUUGGGAUUAGGGAAAAGGGAGAUUACCUCAUAUAUGGAGUUGAAGCCGCAAUCCAAUCACCCACGAUCUUACUGAGUUGCAGAGUGGAUUAGAGGGGCUGAAUGGCCUGCUUCAAUUCAUAUGUUCCCGUAAACCGGUCAAUGAGUGCCUGCAUACUGAGCGUUCUAUUAGCUUUCCUGAUUACUCGUACCUGUGUACUAACCUUUUGCGAUCCAUGCACCAAGACAUACAGAUCCUUCUGCGUCUCAGUAGGCUGUGGCUUAGCUUUCAACAACAGCAUGCAUUGAUAUAGCACCUUGAACAUGGUAAAAUGUCUCAAAGGAUUUGCACAUUAUCAAAACAAAUGUUAUCAAACAAGUGUUCAAGCUGGCCAUUAGGAGACAUUGGGUUAGGUGAUCCUAAGUUUUGUCAAAAGCAUAGGUUUUAAGGAAUGUCUUAAGAUAGUGGCGGAGAGGUAUAGGGAGGGAAUUCCAUAUCUUUAAGGACUUGGCAGCUGAAAGGCAUGGAAGCCAGUCAAUCAAAAUGUGAGAUACAAAAGAGCCAGGAUUGCUGGAAUAUGGAGAUCUCAGGGGAUUGUGCAGCCUGAUGAGCUUUACUGCUUUGUAAAUAUACAGCAUGGCCAGAGACUCUAUCUCAAUGGUCCAGUAAAGUAGAAUGUAAUGUUAUUUAGACCUGAUCAAAAUAUUAAUUCAUAUGUUACACUGAUUUAAAAUCAUAUAAAAUUUAUAUACAAAUAUAUUUUUGCACAUUUAUGAUUCAACUGUGAAUAUACGCAUGAAUUAAUCUUUAUUGAGUUGAAAUCAGAUUUGAAAUUUCAAAGAAUUUGCAAUGAGCCAUGUGCAUUCUGAAAGGCGGGUGGGGGCUCUGUUACUUUAGCGCAAAUUGUAAAAGAAGGAUAUGGGGGUGGCGAGGGGGUAGAAAUUCUUUUUGGAUGGGAGGGAGUGCCCUCUGCACCAAUCCCCACCCUGAGAUAUUAACCCCCUUCCUCUGUUGCUGCCCGCCUGAUGUCCAAAACCAAACUCCCCACUCUACUCCUCCAAUUCUCCCCCCUGUCCUCCCCCCCACCUCUCCACUCUCCUCUGUCCCACCUCCCCACUCUCCUCUCCCCCACCUCUUUUCCUGGGUUGCCCAAUCCCUGUUCUCCACUUACUCCUCUCACCCCUUCAAAUCCCAGGACUUACUUGCACUCCUGCUGGUGCCCAUUGCUAAGCAAUGGCUCUAUAUGACUGAUGGAGGAUCAGAAGGCUGAGAUUUCUUCCUCCCAUUGAGGGGCAGAAGUCCCACUCUCUCUGCCCAUUUCCCUGUAGCAAAGGGGUUCCAGCUGAGGAGUGAGCUUCUUUUUUUUGAGGGGAAAGUGGGUGUAAUGAGCACCUCCCCAGGGAAAUUUAGCCCCAUGCAAACCCCUUAGUUAGAUCAAAUGAAUUAUUGAAAAUCAAUUGAAAAAAAAUAGAUUUUCACUAUUGAGGAAUUUGGAGCCAAGGCAUCAAAAUUCUUUCAUGGGUUGCAGAUGCCACUGACUGGCCCAGCAUUUAUUGCCCAACCCUAAUUGCCCCUUGAGAAGGUGGUGGUGAGCAGCCUUCUGGAACUGCUGCAGUCCUUGAGAUGUGCUGUUAGGGAGGGAAUUCCAGGAAAUUGAUACAUUGGAACAGGCUCAAACCUGCAAAAUGAAUGUUUAGAAAUCCUGUUCACAUUCUUUUGUUUGAUAUCGUUAAAGCAACAAUUGAAUGUAAACAUGGAUGAAAAAUGAUUUCAACUCAUUUAAAGAACAAUGCUCACGUUUAUGCAGAGCUGAACAGAACUGGUGACUCUGAGUGGGAUGGUCCUGAGGUUAAGUCCCACUGCAGAGGCUUGAGCACAACAUUGAUACUCCCAGGGUCAGCACUGAGGGAGUGCCUUUGAGGAGCCAUCAUUCAGUUGAUGCAUUAAUUCAGGCCCCCCAUGUCUCUGGUGAAAGUAAGAGAUUCUAUGACACUACUUGAUGGAAGAUCCCAAGAUGUCUCCCUCAUUGCCCCCAACCAACCUAGCUCGUGAUAGGGCCAGUAUGGGUCCCUCACCCAACAACGCCGAAAGCUGAUGAUUUGGUCACUGUUCACAUUGCUGCUUGUGGGUUCCUGCUGUGCGUAAACUGACUGUCGUGCUUUCUCCACUGAGGCAGUGACUAGACUUGUACUUCAUCGAUUAAAAAGCACUUAGAGGCAUCCUUUGGAUGAUUCCGAUGUCAGAUGGACAGGAGAUUGGUGAAACACAUGCUGACAUUUGUUUUCUGCAGUUUGUUUCUCCUCGAGUGGGGACAAUAGAUGGAAACCAGAAGGCAAAGCCACUCUACACCCAUCACAGCUGACCCAGGAUGGCUCCCACUCUCAGAGCCUGCCAUUGGCAUGGAUUAUACAGGCUGAUAAUUAACCUGUUUGGUUUUAUUAUGGAUGCAUCUGACUUGGUCACUGGCUCUCAGAAUGGGACUUGAACUCUCAGUGUCUAGCUCAGAGGCAGGGACACUACCUACUGCACCACAAGGCCUUCUUCAAGGAUGUGAAAGGCGAGGUAAAACACAAGUCUUAUCUCCUUUCAAGGUUCCCCCUCAAUCUUUUGUAAAAGGCUUAACUUCAAAUCAAAAAGCAGAAAGACCACUUCACUGCCAGAGCCAAAAGUACACACUGACUGAUCCUCACCAGCACCAGCCUAAUUCUCAUGGGGAUUAAAGCACUAUUCCACAGCAACAAAAACUUGCAUUUAUGUUAUGCCUUUAACCCAGUCAAAUAUGCCAUGAUGCUUCACAGCUGUGAUGUCAGAGGAGUUAGAGAGUGGUGAGCGUGUGGAAUUCUCUGCCGAAGAAUGCAGUUGAAGCCAAAACACUGAAUGUUUUCAAGAAGCAGUUAGGUAUAGUUCUUGGGGCUAAAAGUAUUAGGGGAGAAAGUGAGAACAGGGGACUGAGUUGGAUGAUCAGCCAUGAUCAUAUUGAAUGGCAGAUCUGGCUCAAAGGACCGAAUGGCCUACUCCUGCUCCUAUUUUCGAUGUUUCGUUGUUCCUAAGAUGUGAUACUGAGCCGUAACACCAGGUAUGUGGCGGAUUUCCAGAAAUGGUAAUACUUUGAGAGAAAGAUCGAGUCAGAAUGGCUAGUAUAGGAUAUUGAAAUGUUGGAGUUAAUGUCACCGUAAUUGAGAGGAAUAUUCCAUGGUUUUUGUGCGAGGUCUGGAAUUAAUGUUGGUAUCGUUGCAAAACACAUUUUAAAUGUAAAACAGAUCUUUCACUCACUAGAAACCAAUGCUAACUGCAACUGGCUCUGAGACAGAAGAUAAUAUUUGGGUUCCAAUCAAGACAAAAUGAAAUGUGUUAAAAAAACCCAGCAAUCAGGUCCUGGGAAUAAGCUUGAUUUUACAAUCCUUGCAGAAAGAAAGACCUGCCUUUACAACCUAGGGCUGUCUCAAAGUGCUUCAAAGUCAAUUAAUGACUUUUCAAAACAUGACCACUGUUGGAACGUAGGAAGCCCAACAGCCAAUUUGUGCAUAGCAAGAUCCCAUAAACAGCAAUGCAAUAAUGCCUAGGUCACUGUUGGAAUGUAGGAAGCCCAGCAGCCAAUUUGUGCAUAGCAAGAUCCCAUAAACCGCAAUGCGAUAAUGACCAAAUCAUCAGCUGUUGACUGACGGAUAGAAAAUUGCCUGGACGCUGGGGAACACCCCACUGCUUUAUCCAAAGAAAGGGCAGUGGAGAUCUUUUCCAUCCACCCCAGGGGGAGACUGACAGGGGUGGUGGGGAUUGGCAUCAGUUUAACGUCUCACCCAAAAGAUGGCACCUCCAGCACAGGAAGUGUGGGCCUGGAUUGUUUGCACAAGCUGCUGGACUGAGACUCAAGCUCGAACUCUCAGCCUUCAGAUCGAAGCCAAGAGAGCUACCCCUGUGAUUCACUGAGAGCAGAGGGAAUGAGAGAGAGAGCCUGAAACUGUGAGGAGGGAGGGAGGGAACGUACAGUUUCACUGGUGAUAGCUGUGGCUAGCUUUGUGUCUGCCACAGUGGACAAACAAACUGUGACUUACAAACCUAAAUACAGACAAGAUCAAGGAACAACAAAAUAAUCACCAUGGUGAACAUUUCGAAAAUGUGAAAUUUAAUUCCAAUUGUAUCUGUUGCAUAAACAAUAUUAUUAACUUCUUAUACCCAACAGCAUUUAUAAAACAAUUAAAUAAAUAAGUCUUUAACAAUG